GAUGGAGACACGGCUUUACACAUUGCGGCCCGUGUCGGCAACUACAACACAGCACAGGCCCUGCUUCAGUGUUCAGCUGAUCUCAAUAUAAGAAAUAAGAUUGGACAAACUCCUCUUGACUUAGCUGAAGGAAAAGUGCGAAAACUUUUAGAGAAAUCCGAGCCAGGUGUUUAUGUGGCGCUGAAGAAAGGAAACUCAAAAAUAUUGUCCAGAAUCUUGAAGUAUACCUGGUGUAGUGUAAACAACGUGGUUCAGGAUGAUAUGAGCCUCCUCAAACUGGCGCAGUCCAAAGCUGAUGAAGAUGUAGGGGUGUCAGCAUGCUACGAUGUUUUGAUGAACUUUAAAUCAACUAGUGAAUUUGUACAUGCUGUUCUCUCAGAAGAUGUAGAUUAUCUGCGACGGGUUAUAUCAUCUAAGCGAGGUUGCCCUGUGAAUAUAAGAUACGGGGGUAGAAAGGGCAGGACCCUGCUUUGUUUUGCUAUAGAGAGCAACAACAUCGAGAUGGUGAAGCUACUGGUUGGCGCCGGAGCACGUGUAAAUAAUGUCAGGGUCACUGAAUAUGGCUGGAGUCAACAGACAAUACCGUUAAUUCAACUAGCCUUAAAACCAAACACGAAUCCAGAUAUCCUAUAUUACUUGUCGUCAGUUCAAAAUACUGUUGCCGAAUUGAAUGAAAAAGAUCAGAACGGCAACUCUGCACUGCUUAGAGCUAUUGAAGAAGACGCAAGUCCAGAGGUUAUAAACUGGUUACUAGAAGCUAAUGGAAAUUUGCUACUUCACCGAAACAUUCGAUCCCAACAUGCAAGAGAGGUUGCUGUUAUAAAGAAACGGGAUGAUGUCAUUCAGAUAAUAGAUAAGUUUCUCUUGCAACAAAUUGGAAAAGGGUUGUUUUUUAAGCUGGCAGUUCAUUUUUAUGGUCUUGAAAACCUUCAAUUUAAAGAUAAGGCAACAGGACUCACAUUGAUACAGACAUUGGAGAAGAAAAAGAGUGCAGACGACAUGAAGACUUUAAGGCAUUAUUCCAAUAUUGAGAAAAAAGGAAAAGAAUUAUUUGAAGCUGUUUCUAUUGGUGAUAUGGGAGCAGUUAAAAAGCUACCUAUGGCAGAUUUUCAAGAUAAGAACGGCUACACUGCACUUAUAAAGGCCAUUGUUUUCAAUCAACCAGAAGUAGCCAGAUUUCUCAUCACCAUCAGACCCCAACUAAAAUCUAUUCCAGACAAUAGCAAUAGAUACCCACUUCACUACGCCUUUGCACUUCCAGAAUCUGAAAGUAUAGAAUUUGUUAAAAUGCUACUAGAGAAUGACCCAGAAGAAAUUGAAAUGAAAUUUGACAAGGAUGGAAUAUUUCCAGCAGAAUACAUCAACCUGAGAGAAACAGACAAAGUCAUGGAGUUGUUAAACGAUGCCAGAACAUUAGACGUGUAUGGCGUUAAGAAUAAGUCAUUAGAUUAUUGGAAUCAUGAAAAUGAAAUACAAAAAAUUGACUCAGCUAGUAUUAACAGGGAUUUGUCUACAGUGAGCUCACUUUUUGCUGAACAUUGCAAUGAUGCUCAAUUUUAUCAACACUAACUGGUUUAAAUUCUUCAAAAUAGAUCGUAUUUUUACUACAACUUGAACCAUACUGCUAUUAAUAAUUACAAUGCAAUAUUUCAUGUACUCAGAUUGUCACCAAACCAGUUUUCAUGUCACAUUAAA